AGCGAACGCCGCAGCUGAGCCAUGCUGCCCGCAGCCAUCCAGAUCCUGGCCUUCGCUCUGGCGCUCCUGGGCGUCCUCGGCGCCACCGUUGCCACUCUGCUGCCCAACUGGACGGUGAGUGUCGGCUCCUGGUCCGGCGUCAUGGCGCCCGUCUCGCAGAUGCGAGGCCUGUGGAUGGACUGCGUGUGGUACAGCUCCGGCAUCUUCAGCUGCACCGUGCAGAACUCGGUGCUGUCACUGCCUCCGUCCCUGCUGACCACGCGGGUCGCCAUGGUUCUUACCUGCAUGGUGGCGUCGUUCGGACUCUGCCUCGCGUCACUUGGACUCAAAUGCACUCGCUGGGGCGGCAGCCACCGAGCAAAGGGGCACACGGCCAUCGCCGCUGGCGCCUGCUUCGUCCUGGCGAGCUUCCUCUGCCUGGUCCCCGCGUCCUGGUUCACCAACGAGGUCAUCACCACCUUCCUGACCACAGGGCUGCCGGACAGCAGCAAAUAUCAGCCAGGGGGCGCUCUCUGCGUCAGCUUCAUCUCUGCCGGUUUCCUCCUGGCUGCGGGAGUCAUCUUCUGCCUGUCCUGUCCCGGAGGACGAACGAGACGACCGGACGACGCUGAGACAGACGGAGCGCAGCACGGGAGGAGGAGGGAGGAGCACGGGAGGAGGAGGCGGGAGGAGCAGAGGAGGAGGCGGGAGGAGCAGAGGAGGAGGCAGGAACAGAAGGCCGAGCGAGUACGACCAGAACAGAGAGAGAACAAAAGUGUUCGGCUGCAGAAGGACAAGCCGACGCCACACCGCUCUCCCUCCAAACUCCUGCCGAAAGAUGUCAAGGACAGUUACAGCCUUCAGGAGUAUGUGUGA